AUGGUGUCUGUGUGUGUUUCUUUUACAUUAUGUGUUGUUUACCUUGGAAACUUAAUGGCUGCAUCUUGCAGUUCACGUUUUCUAAAGGGCAAUGAACUGCAAGGCAGCAAGCUUUUCUUCAAAGGGGAACUUCCAUCAGAGUCAGUGGCGACACAGUUUGGCAGCAUUGUUUUGGAAUGUGAGGUCGGCGGAUCACCACCACCCACGAUCCACUGGCUCAAGGACGGAGUGCGACUGCUGCAGGACGGCUCACAUAGCGACGAUGAAGCUUCAUACGAAGACUCAGUCAGCUCAGGAAGCAGACGUGGAUUGAGGCUGUCAUCCACCCGAUCCAGACUGUAUCUCGACUGUGUUGGUGAAGAAGAUGAGGGAGUGUACACAUGUGUCGCCGAGAAUGCCAUGUUGAGAAAGUCACAAUCAACUCGUCUCCGAGUGGGUGAACCAGCCCGUAUUUACAUGUGGACUGUCUCCAGACUUGAAUUUGAAAACAGUAAAGUCCAGCUUUUCUGCAGAGCAGAAGGCAACCCUGAGCCCACAAUUACUUGGUAUGAUAGAGACAACAAGCCCAUUGAAAGUGAUGAGAACUAUAGAAUAACUAAAAGUGGUGAUCUGAUUAUCCGUGACAUUACAUGGCUAGAAAACAUGGGUGGAUACACUUGUGUUGCAGAUAAUGGAUUUGGCACGGACACAGCACAGACGUUCUUGUACCCUGUAAGUACAAAUUAG